GGCAGCUGCGAUCGGCCACAGCCCAGGCCGAUCGCAAACGGUGGCUGUUUGUUCCUGGGGCCAGAGAGGAAGGAGAGCUCGGCCACGUGCAAGCCGGCCGGGCUCAGGGCUUUUUUCUCUCGGCCGUUAGUGGGAGCAGCAGCAGCAGGAAGGGAUCAACAGCCUUCGCAUAUGUUGCAGCAGGAAGGGAGCAGCUUUAUUUUCAGCAGCCAGAGCGCCGGGGGACCAAGCAGACAAAGGCCUUUCUCGGAGGCCUAGGGUGAUAUACGGGGCUUGGUCUUUUUUCUUUGCACAGUUUGGGGAAUGUGGAAGGGGACUUCUUUCAUGGGGGAAUGCCCUUUUUGAGGUCAUUUCAUAGCUUGGGGAGUUCUGAGGGAGUUGAUGUUCAAGCAUUAUUAUAUUGGAUGGAUCGAUUAAUUGGGGACCCAACCAACUGAUGGUUAAGUUGAUGUGGGAGCGUUAGUAUACUGGAUAGCUUACUUGGGGAUACCGAGGGACGAGUGCUUUGCAGAAGGGCUGAAGCAGUUAAAGCUUGGAUAACAAGCAGAGGGCUACCCAGUUUAAGGAGCCUGGCCCACAACCAAAGCUUGUCUUGCAGUUUAUAUAUAUAUUAAAAAAAAAAAUUGUCUUGUGGUAGCAAGCGUGGAUAGUCCCCUUUGCUAAGCAGGGUCUGCCCUGGUUUGUAUUGGAAUGGGUGACUACAUGUGAGCACUUCAAGGCAAGAGUUUUUGUUUUGUUUUUCCCAGUUAAUGGUCCUUCAGUUGUGCUAUAUAUUUGCUCCCAUUGAGUUAAAACAAAAUAAAUUAGAAGAAAUAAAUAGAUAAAUAAAUAAAUAAGUGAAGUGAGAGGGAGAGGCCUUAAUACCUUAUUCUCUAGGCCAGUGGAACGUUUGGGAGGACUGGUCUUGUGGUACAAGCAGGAAUUGCCUCCUUUGCUGAGCAGGGUCUGCCCUGGUUUGCAUUUGAAGGGGUGACUACAUGUGAGCACAUGGUCCUUCAGUUGCGAUAUAUUUGGUGCCAUUAAAUAAAUAAAAACAAAUUGAAAAGAGAGAGAGGGAGAGGCCUCCCUCAAUCACUUCCACCCAUUGGGGGGCAUCAGUUGCAGCCUCUUCAAGGGAUCCUGCCAGGCCUGCUGAGCCAUGCCAUCAAGGAAAGGGCCCGGUAAGGAGAAGGGGAAGGGGAAGGCCCCGGCCCCUAAGCGGCCUCAAGCACGGCCCAGGGAACCCGACCCCUCCUCGGGAUCAGAGGAUGAAGGGCAGCUGGUAAUGGCGAGGAUCUUGUCUCGCUUAGAGGCGUUGGAGUCCAGGAAGAAAGCUACUCGAGGGGAGGGGUCCAAGGCGGUUGGAAAGCAGGGUGCGAGAAAAGCGGGGAACCAACCUAAUAAGCAGCUGCAACUUUUACAGUCCAUUGAGGCGAGGCUGGAUGCACUGGAGAGUGGCGAAGGGGAGGCAACUGGAGCAAUGGAGAAUGCCAGCCGGAACGCCUUGGAUGCAGAUGUCGGGUCUUUUGGAGGAGCGCUUUCGAACUCUCGCCCCAGCAGCCAGGGAGCUUCCCGAAGUUUUUCCACUCCACCUAUGGAACCUUGGAUUCUAGAGGCAGAGGAGGCCAUUCGCCUAUCCCUAGCACCUAGCACAAGAGUGCGCUAUGCGUCGGCUAUCCGUGAGUUUCAUGCAUUUAGGGUUGACACAGGGCUGGAGGACCUAUGGCCCAUCCCAGUCGAGCACAUAAUGCGCUAUAGCACACAUUUACAUGGGAGGGGCUUGGCCACGGGGUCCAUUGGGGGUAAGUUGGCAGCUCUGGCUUUCCAGGCCAAAAUGAAGGGGUUCGCGGACUCCACCGCUGACUUCCGGGUGCGCAGAAUGCUCGAGGGAUGGGCGCGAGUAAACCCCUCUCAACCAGAUACGAGGGUCCCACUGGCGCCAACAACACUGCAACAGGUGCUCCCACUUUUUAACGAUAUUUGUUUUUCCAACUUUGAGGUACGGUUGCUCAGGGCUUCCUGCCUCGUGGCCUUCUUCGGUGCCCUGCGAAUCAGUGAGCUGGUCGCCUCCUCCAGGUCUGAUACAUCAGCGCGGGCCCUGCAGUGGGGGGAUGCCCGGGUAGAGAGGGACAAGGUGGAGUUGCGCCUGAGGCGGGCUAAGACCGACCAGAAGGGCAAGGGAGCCACCAUCACCCUGGCAGAGGGGACUGAUGAGGGCCUGUGCCCGGUGAGGGCCAUGAGGGAUUACAUGGCGGUGCGUGGGGAGGGAGAAGGCCAGUUGUUCCGUCAUGCGGAUGCUACGCCCUUGACGCGCUUCCAGUUCUGGGCUCUGGUCAAAGAGGCUUUGAGGAGGGCAGGCCUGGACCCGCGUGUUUAUGGCACCCACUCCUUUCGGAUAGGGGCAGCAUCUUCAGCGGCAGCCGCGGGGCUGACGGAAAAGCGGAUCCGGGCGUUGGGGAGGUGGCGUUCAUCCGCAUGUCGCCGCUACAUACGCCCACUGCCGAAGUGAUGGCCCACAAGAAGUAACACCCAAUUUUGUCUUACAGACUGUCAGGCACCUCCUUUGCCUUUGCGGAUACUCAUCUAUGGGCACAGCUAUGUGUUCUGGGCUAGUCGGCGAGCUCGGCAGACCAGCUUGGGUACCCAGUUGGGUCUGGCAGGAGCGGCGCAAGUGGAGUGGAUGGGCCGCCGAGGAAUGCUGUGGGACCUUUUCCUUCCACUUCUAGAUGAGUACAUCACGGCAAAGGGGGCACCGCACAUUUUGGUGGUACACCUGGGAGGCAACGACUUGGGUUUGUGCAAGGCAGGGCCCUGAGCCUGCAGGCAAUCAAGGAUUUCCAGGGCCUGGCGGCCCGGUGGCCCGAGAUGCAGUUAGUCUGGUCUAACCUGCUCCCAAGGACACGCUGGAGGGGCCAAGGGGGCCCCCUGUGCUUCAAUAGGGCACGUAAAAAAGUCAAUAAGGCAGUUGGAAGAGCUAUUACCGCCUUAGGGGGGACAGUAAUACAGCACCCUGACAUACGAGUGCAGGAUGCGACCCUGUAUAGAGGGGACGGAGUCCAUCUCUCUGACCAGGGGAACGAGGUGUUCCUCCGGGACUUGCAACGUGGUCUCCAAGAGGUGCUAGCUGGGUGGGGAAAGCGGGGCUAAACAGAGGUUUGCCCCACUUCUGUGGCAGGAGAGUGCGGGUGUUGGGUAGGUAGAUUCAGGGAUCGGUGUUUGGCUGGAGGGCCAGUUGGGUGAGGGGGGUCAAGGAACA